AUACAGCAGAUUCGGCGGGAAAAAGAUUAAAUUAAAGAAAUUCGGUAGCCGAAGUAACUGAAUGUAAACAUGAUAAAAAAUUGGAGUAUCAUAGUUAUUACAUGCCCAACCUUGUCGUCUGUGAGAGCAGUCGAAACAGAAGUCAAGUUCUUGAAAAGAAAAGGACGAAUAUCAGAAUUUGUUCCUGUCUUAUGCAUUGAAGAUCCUGCAAAAAAUAUUGGAAGUGGAGCAGCUACACUAAAUGCCUUGCUUGUUGCAACUGAAUUUUUAAGUGUGAAAAAUAACUAUAUGGUUAUUUCCUCUGAUGUGUUGCUUGAAGAAGAUAUAUUGAUUUUACAUAAUGGGAGAGAUUAUUUAUAUUCUUGCUGUGGAAAAGCAUUCAUCCCUCUUCCUGUGGAAUACACUAGCAAUGCUUUAAAUGGGAAACCAUCGGCAAGAGGCAUUUUGUUGAAUUUUGAAUCAGUUUUAGGACUUAUUGAUAAAUUGUCUGAAGAAAGCCCUCAUGGAGUAUGGGUUUGCAGUACAGACAUGAUGAUUCAUCAAGGAUUAGGAAAGUUUUGUGUUGAUUGGAAAAAUGUAUCUGAUGUUUUAAUGUUUACUGUACCAUCUGACUUAGAAUAUGCUACUGGUCAUGGUGUUGUGGAAGUUGAUAGUGAGGGAUAUAUUGCUGAUAUAUAUUACUGUGCCUCCCUCAGCCAAAUAAAAAAUCUUUCUCAUGGUGAUGAAAAAGUGCCUUUGGUUUCAGGGAUUGUUUUCUUCAAGACCAACGUAGCAGAAAGCUUGUUGUCACUUCAUGUGCAAGUUCCUCUUGAUAGUUGCACCUAUUUAGGCCUAGAUAGUGGAAAUGAACCUAUUCAGGUAUCUCUGUUUUUUGAUCUCUUGAUUGCUAUGUCCACAAAGAUGAGGAAAGACGACUUUGUAACUGGAAAAUGUGGGAAAACAUAUAAUGUCAAAGCUGGCUUUGCUGAAGAAAGUUCAAAAAAAAGUCUGCUUGCUAGAUCUUUAGUGUGGAAGGAACUUUCGAGAUAUAAAAUGUCCCAAAAAAUACUAAGCAAUUGUCAACAUUUGUAUUGGUCUUGCAUACCCACUGCAGAAGAUCACAUGACAAAUUUAUUUAGAGUAGCUUCUUCGAAUCAGAUCCAUUCCAUUUGCCAGAUUCAGAAUAACAAAUCAGAUAAAAACCUUCUUAUGAAUUCAUAUAUCCAGACUUUGGAGAAGGGCCAAAUAUCACCUGGUGUUGUCAUUUGUGAUUCUCACAUAGAAACAUGUUCAGUCAAUAUUGGUACAAGCUCAUAUAUUUCAGGCAUCAGUUACCUUGAACCUCUUUGUGCUUUAGUUAUACCUAAAGAUCUUGCUGUGAUAAAAGUUUUUAUGCAAAAUGAUAUUCAAUCUGAACUCUUUGUGAUAUUUGGCAUACAAGAGAAUUUAAUGGUAUGCCUAAUGUUUUGA